CCGCCGAUGAUGUCAGACGGUAAUCGGAAUCGUUCGAUCUGGCGUCCUGCGGAUGGAGAUGGGGACCCGAGUCGUGAGACGUUCAAUAGAUCCUUCGGUACCAAAUGGGGCCACCCAACCUGGAAACUUUUCACUGGCGAUGCAGCAGACGAAAUCGAGCCGGGCAUGAAUGAACCACCUCGCUACGUGUAUCUUGACGACAAGGCGGCCUACACGAUUCUCAACCAUAAAGCGUACACUGCACGCGAGCGAUACCAAUACUGGAGCUUCGACUUCAAUCGUCAGGGCAUGAUUCGAACUAAUAGACCUAAUCGUGGUCGGCCCGUGUACCAAGACAAGAAUCAACUUUCUCUUGCCAGCGCUCCUCAUCUGGGCAGGCCUAGCAGCUACCUCUUCUCUGGUGGGCUGUCUGCGACUUAUCUUUCUGCCCGCUCCAAUAUGGCUCGAACC